UUUAGUUUAACCAUGCGUAUCUCUCGUCCCCUGCAUUCAUCUUUUUUCCAUCAGUCUUCUUAAUUUGCAAUCAUCUUUUUUUCCAUUACUUUUCAUAGUUUCUGCGUUUUAGCAACCGAAUCCGGCCAGUUGUCUGUCGUCCGACGAGAUGUUACUAAAGCUAGCUGUUGCAGGUACCACUGAAUUUUGCACUGUGUGAUAGAUCACAAAACCUAGAGGCUAGAAUCUUUACUAAUUAUAUCCUUGCCUCUCAAUAUCAUUACUUUUGAUCUGAAAGUCGCUACUGGGCAUCGGUGCUGCGGGUGCUGUAGCUGCAGCCUGCAGACCCUACGUCAUGGCUUCUUCUCCCAAGACGAUCUACGACUUCACGUGCGACGACAUCGACGGGAACGCCGUGCCGCUGGACAAGUACAGAGGAAAGGUUGUGCUCGUGGUGAACGUAGCCAGUAAGUGAGGUCUGACGGCUGUGAACUACACCCAACUGGUGCAGCUUCACAGCCAAUACUCCCCCGAGCUGAGCAUCCUUGCCUUCCCCUGCAACCAGUUCGGCAACCAGGAGCCGGGCACACCUCAGGAGAUCAAGGAGUUCGUCAAGCAGUACAACGUCCAGUUCGAUGUCUUCGCCAAGGUGAAGGUGAACGGCGACGACGCGGACCCGCUGUGGAAGUUCCUGAAGAAGAAGCAGGGCGGCCUGCUGGGCGACUUCAUCAAGUGGAACUUCACCAAGUUCGUCGUCGACAAGAACGGCGUGCCCGUCUCGCGCCACUCGCCCAAGACAAACCCUAUACCUGACGUGGAGAAGGACAUCAAGAAGUACCUGGCAUAAUGUCGGCAGUGCCUCGCCCCACCUGCUCCACUCCACUCCCCAGCUGUGAUGGACCACUCCACCUCACCCCACUCCCUAAUGUGAUGGACCACUCCACUCGACCCACCUCACCCCACUCCUACUGUGAUGGACCACUCCACCUCACCCCACUCCUACUGUGAUGGACCACUCCACCUCACCCCACUCCUACUGUGAUGGACCACUCCACCUCACCCCACUCCUACUGUGAUGGACCACUCCACCUCACCCCACUCCUACUGUGAUGGACCACGCCACCUCACCCCACUCCUACUGUGAUGGACCACCCCACCUCACCCCACUCCUACUGUGAUGGACCACCCCACCGUGCCAACCCACUGCCCCAGCUGUGGUGACUGCCCCACCUGACUCCUGCCGCCCCGCUGUGAUGGAAGGCAUCACUUGAGCCACUCGCUGCUGUGAUGAACCGCUUUUAGCUUCCGUGCCAUCUUGCUUGCUUAUUAUUAUUUGUAUAGGAUUUAUUCCUCAUUGGGUUAACGAAAAGUUAGGGUUUAUUUAUUUUUUGAUCUCUGGAAACAUAAGCCUUCUUUUUUCAAUAUAACUCAAUUUUCUCUUCUAAUUUAUAAAGAACUACAAGUGAUAUUUAUUAGAUGUAGUCCCUAUUACCCUGCAGCUAAGAGGCGCCACUCGUCGUGUACUAAUUGAAGUUCACAGUUUGUGGCAACUUUACGGACGGUCUUAUUGUGUACAAAUGUUGUGAUUAGGAAUCAAGUAUAAUGCGAUAUCCUAGUUAACUAGAGUGUGCUUAUGUUAUUUCUUAAGGACUUGUAUCAACAAAUGUGCUAAGAUGAGCGCGAACAGAGCGACCAAGUCUCGUCAUGAUGGCAGGGUCCUGAACUCGAACUCUCGAGCGAACUCCGCCUGACCUCCUGGGAGGCUUGCCUGCUCUGCUCCUGCCCCUGAGUUACGUGUGGCAUUACUGUACAAUAUAAUGAGUCAGUUAUUUGAUCUUUCAUUACAUUCAUUAUUGCUGCAAUAUAAUGAGUCAGUCAGCUUAUUUUUUCUUUCAUUGGCUUCAUCAUUAUUGGUACAAUAUAAUGAGUCAGCUUC